UCCACAAGUAUCGAGCCGCCGCGCCGCCACCCGCCUCCAGGAACGCCACCGCGGCAUCGCCUGGCCGUCACAAGCUGCCCGACGCCAGCAAGAGUCGCCCGCUCCCGAGUCCGCGAUAAGCUGCCUCCCCCCGCAAAUAAACCUUAUGUGUAUAAGGCAAGGUCACCUGGAGUGUCUUUUGGAGUAUCUUGACUUUCCAGAUGAAAAGAAGACAUGGACUCGGCUAUACAAAAUUCCCCCAGGUAGCCACAGGAGGAAAUCAAAUCUGAGUAGGAUGAUCAUGGUACGCCCUACCUUUCCACAGUGCUAUUGGGAGAAUGAAAAACCUAACCAACUCCCAAAGACACAUGCUGUGGCAAUUGUGACUGGUCCAUGGAAAGUAGGUGACUUGAUCGAUUGGUGGUAUACUGAUUGUUACUGGACUGGGAAAAUUAUUGAGUUACUUGGUGAUGACAAAGUAAAGAUAGCUUUGCAUGAAGAGCCAAUUGGUGAAGGUGGUUACUAUGAUGCUGAUUGUAAGGAUCUGAGGCCGGCCCUUGAUUGGUCCCUUGAAAAAGGUUGGAGUGUGCCUGUUUCACAGGACAAUGGGAAGUGCUGGUACACCGCUCAGUUGAUUAUACAGAGAUCAGGUUCAGGGAGUAGCACCUCAGAUGAGGACUUUGAGCGUGGUCAAGAGGAAGUACAAAAAUGCUUAAAUGGAUUCUCUGAUGUGCCUGCAGAAGCCGUAUACACUGAUACAAAACUUUCGGCAAACAUCAAUGAAAAAACUUUCAUGAACAGUCAAGGAGAUGGUAAAAUGGAAUCGCCAAAAUGUCUAAAUGGAGCAUCUGAACUGCCUCAGGAGGCUACCAAUUCAAAAGGAGAACUUCCACCCAACCAAAAUGGCAAUUGCUGCAUGAAAAGUGGAAUGGACAAUCAUAUUGCUAAGGGAGGUGAUUCUCCUGAGGCCUUUUUGGAUGAUCAAUCAGGUCCAAUCUCUCUCAAUAGACAGAAAACUUCAUCUGAACCUGCUACAGAGGUGCCUCCUGAUACUCUUGAUGAUGCUAUAAUGAAACUGGAGAAAGUAGCAAACAAAAUCAGAAAUCUUGAAAGUCUCAUGCAAUUUGUGGGAUCUCCACCAUCAAAGGUGGCAAAGUCCUCUUGGAAGUUUCUGGACGACACAUUAGCAAAACACAAGUGAAGUCAUGUUUAUUCUGUGGCUAGGAUGGUGUGGUAGAAUAGACUGAUCGACCCUUUUGUAGAUUUUUCCUGUUGGUGAGCGAGCGAUGCCUUGCAGUUUGUAAGUUAUCCAACUUGAUAAAGGUGCUUUUGGAAAGUACUGCUGCUGCCAAAAAAACAAAAAGUCAAUCACACGAGUAGAACCAAAAGUUGCUUUUGCAACUACUUUCGCUAGUACAAUUUUUGUAAAACCUGCUUUCACAACUACUUUUGGUAGUAUAAUUUCACGACACUUUUAAUUCU